UAAACUCUAUCCGGAACUAAAGCUUCAAUUAAUAGUGAUUCUGGGGGGAAGGUUUAUUCAGCCGGACGUGGUAUGGCAGCACAAUUAUGCAGAAAGUUGGUGCUAAUAUGGACAUUCAGAGCAGCGCCUGGUCAUGUUGGCUGUGGGCGCAGUCCAGUUUACCGUAUGCUACGUGACAAACAACCGAAAGUUUUCCUCUUUAGAAACCUCUGCUCGAUAAAUGACCACAACUCGGAACCCACAGCAGGACAACGGCGGACGGGUCGGGAGGAAAUGCUGAAUUCUCUGGUGGAUAUGGGCUUUACCGAAGCGGAGGUUGAAGAGUUAGCCAGAAGAACCUUAGGCAGUCGCCCAGACCACACAGUUACACAACAUCUCUCCGUCCUCACAGUGCUAGUGGCUCUGGGCUUUAACCCUUCUAGCGUCCUGAAGAUCAUGGGCAAGUGCCCGGAACUCUACCAGGUAAAAGGAGCCCUGCUGCAGCAACGAGUAGACAACCUGCGCAAACUGGGACUGGUGGAGGGCAGCCUGCAGCGGGUUGUGAGACACUACCCCCAGCUCCUCACUCUGCCUGUUAAGAGAGUCAAUGGAGUGUCCCGAUUUCUCCGGGAGAAGUGCCACCUCACAGCCCAGCAGGUCACAGACGUCCUGCGAGACUCCGCUGCUGUAGUGCUGGAGGACAUGGACAAGCUGGAGUACAAGUUUCAGUACGCAUAUUUCCGUAUGGGCCUUGGUCAGGCAGAGAUGGUGAAGUCCGGCCUCUUCCGUGUCUCCCUCGAAGAAGUCCGAUGCCGCCAUGGCUUCCUGGAGAGGCGGGGCCUUUACCAGACCCCGGACAAGAAGGGCCAGACGCGCAUCGUCAACCCCAAACUCAAGGACUUCCUCGCCGUACCUGAGGACACCUUCCUCAGUAAAGUUGCCUUGGCAACAGGAGUGGAGUUUGAGGUGUUCCGGAAGCUGAUGGACAGAGAGAUUCAGGAGGAGGAAGAGCCAGAGUUCAGUGGCAGUGACAUAGACGAUGAGAAGGGCUAUGAGAGUGAGGACAAAGGGAGCGCAGGCUACAGGAAGAGGAGGAAGAAAUGAGAGAGAGAGAUGCAUGGUGGGAAUGUGGGAACAUUCAGCUGCAACACCAAACAGUGACACUGAUGUCCAGACUAAGUACAUUGAAUAAAAUAUUUAUUAUUUUCAUACUUA